UGUGACUAUAACGUGAUUAAAACGGGCAAUGCGCAUACAUUUUAAUGUCUUUAUGUUUCGAAGAAUUUUGCAUUUCAGAUUUUUCCUUAAUCAUUUUGCUUUUGCUUCUUCGAAGAGAAUAUGAUUACAAGUGUCAAAUUGACAUUCUUAUACAAUAUCAGUUUAAUCAACAAAUUGAUAAGAGAGUGACAAUUAUAUAGGUAUUUCAAAACCUUGAAUACGCAACACUAUAUAUAACCAGGUUGCAUAUAAGUAAAAGAUUUUACUACAAUAUCAGGCUCGAAUUAAAAGAAACAUGUCAAUAACAUAUAUUCCUCGUGUGACACAAUUGGAUUCUAUUCAAUUAGAUAAUGAACUAGAAGAAUUAUUUAAACAAUUGCUUUUCCAGGCUACAAAGUAUUUUGAGCCGGGAAUAUUACAACCAAUUCUUCCUGAAGUUGACCUGAUUAUACGAACAUGGAUAUUCAAAAAUUCAAUAUAUGAUAAAAACAGCACUUUUGGUCAACAGAUGUUAUCUCUCAAAUAUAAAACAGAAAAUAUUUCUAAAAGUAAAUUGUAUUGGUACUUUUUAUAUUGUGUAGCCUUAAAAUAUUUUAGAGAUAGGGCUAUGUAUAGCUUUACAUCUAAUACAAAAAUCCAACAUUUCUUUUCAAAACUGGAAACAUUCCAGUUGGUUGGAGAUAUUUUGAAUUUCCUACAGUUUGUAAAUAGUGGCAAGCACCCAGCUCUCAUUGACUUUAUACUCGGUCUUCAAUUAACAGCAGAUAAACUUACCAGAGAAGAUUUAACAGAUUUCUCAUGGACUCGUGAACUUUUGUGGCAUAAUCUUAUAGAAUUAAUUGGAACAGUCCUUUCUUUGGUAAACAUGUUCGGCUUAAGGCAAAGAAUGUCAAAAGCAUUGAAAUACAUGUGGUGGAGAAAACAUACAGGCCCGAGUGCUACAUCUACCACUGCAACCAUGACUAUACAUACAACAUGUGCCUGUUGUUCGGAAAAACCUAUUCUUCCACAUGUUAUGGGAUGUUCACAUAUAUUUUGUUACUAUUGUUUAAUGGCUAACAAGACUGCUGAUCCAGAUUUCGCUUGUCCAAAGUGCUAUUACAAUGGAAAACAGGUUACGAAAUAUAGUGUGUAAUUUUUUAUUUUAAUUUGGCGAAGGUUUUGACUUGUACAUUGUGAUAUUAAAUAAAAUAAUAUAUUUUA